GGCGCAUGCGCAGCAGAGUACAGUCUCACAGUGGCGGAGGUUGAUCCGCAGAAACACGGAGAGUGGGUUUUCUGUUGUGUCCGGACUCCGUGGGACGGUUCGUUCAGAUGCGUUUGUUCCAUAACUUGAGGUUGGAGUCCUCAGGCAGCGAGAGGACCGUCCAGCCCGAGUGAGAAGGUUCCCCUCAGCUGAAGCCCCAGCUGGUCCUCCAUCCACAUGUUUCUAUAAAAACGACUUUCUGACUUCAUACAAAGAGACAAACCUCCAACAUGGACAACCUGAUAGACUUUGAUCAGCCGUCAUCGGCCUCGUCUCAUCACCUACCAGAACCCCUGGCUCCAAUCAAAUCCGGCUCCCAGCGUGCGGAUGGACACAACGAGGACAGCGACGCCACAGAGUCUGCGGACAGCGAGAACGACAUGGACCCGCCGUCUCUUGACUGGGAACUGAGGCGCUCAUCGUCCUCGUCGGUUUAUAGUGGCGAGGACGCAGACGCCGAGACGAUAGAGAGGAGGCAGUUCAUGAAGGCCUACGUGGAGAAGGUGUUUCACGGAAAAGAGGACUUUGACCAGGAAGAGAAGGCGCGGUUUGGAGAGCUGUGCAGCGGAGAGAACGGAAAAGGCAGGGAAUGGUUUGCCAAAUACGUCAGCGCCCAGCGCUGCCACUCCAAAUGUGUGAGCGAAGCCACGUUCUACAGGCUGGUCCAGUCAUUUGCCGUUGUUCUGUUCGAAUGUUACCAGAUGGACGACUACAGCCCGGCGAAAAACCUCAUGACCAUGUGCUUCACAUAUUACUACAUCGGAAAGUGCCCGCCGUCUCCCUCCGACCUGCUGGACCGCGGUAACCCGCAGGCAGGCCUGGACUCGUACCUGAACAAGGCGAACUCCUGGCUGUCGGGGAAGAAAGACGCUGCAGAGCGCCUUCUGAAAAACACAUCCAAAACUGACGUCAAAGGCUUCUUCGGAGGCCUGGAGAGCAAACUGAGGAGCUCAAUGGCUCCCAGGUCUGACGAAGGCUCCGUUGAAAUGAAACCCAAGUCACCAGGAUCAGAGGCUCCAGAAGAGAAGAAGGGAGAAAAGAUUUAUCUGUACACUCACCUGAAACAGCAGCCCAUCUGGCACACGCUGAGGUUCUGGAACGCGGCGUUCUUCGACGCCGUCCACUGUGAGCGGACGAAGAGAUCUCCGACCACCAGUGGAGCGCAGGAUGCAGAGAAAGACAAGAGGGAGAAGUGGCAUCACUUGACCCUGAAGGAGAGAGAAGAAAGCUUGAAAAUCGAUGAAAACAUCACUUUUGGCCAGCUGGGGACUUUCACCCACAACAUGCUGGCGUUCGGUCUGAGUAAAAAGCUCUGCAACGACUUCCUGAAGAAGCAGGCCGUCAUCGGGAACCUGAACGAAGAGCAAUACCAGCUGCUGAGCGACCAUAUCGAGAAGAUGGCGGCAGAGUGAGUCGGGGAUCAGCGCCGGUUUCCUUCCAGUUCGACAUCACUUCUGUGUUUAUGUGCUCCACUGCUGAGGAAUACCAUCUGCAAACUGCUGGAAUAUGAGCAAUAUUAUAUUAAAUGCACCAUAAAGUCUGCAUCCAC